UAUAUAUUUAUAAACAUGUAUUUAUCGGUAUAUUUUGAGUACGCUCCGGAUUGCAAACUAGAUGCGCGAGAUGAAGAAUGCUUCUCCAGACACGUUGAGUAAACGUGUAAAAUACCGGAAGUUUCAAAUAAUUAACACUAACUUCAAAACCUCAGAAGACGCGUCUGAAUGUCGUCGGACAGGUGGACAUGGACCCUGACAGGAGCGACAGCGGUGUGUGUUUUAUCGGUGUAUGUGGCCUCGGCGCCGCGCGCUGUGCCCGGUGGAGACUCAGGAGAGCUGAUCACUGCUGCUUGUGAACUGGGGGUGGCCCAUCCUCCAGGAUACCCUCUCUUCACCAUGUUGUCUUCUCUGCUGCUCUCACUGCUGCCUCUCAGUUCUCCGGCUCACAGUAUCAAUGUCCUGUGUGCUGUCUUUGGGGCCGGGGCUAGCGGAGCCCUCUGCUUCACUGUCUGCAGGGUGGCGGGACCUGGUCCAGGGGCCGUCCUGGCUGGUGGAGUGUUUGCAGUGUCCAGGCUGGUAUGGCAGUGGUCGGUCGUGGCUGAAGUCUUUUCUCUUAACAACUUGUUUGUGGGCGUCCUCUUCUCCCUCUCAGCCUGUUUCCACUGUGCAAAGAGUGUUCAGCAGAAGAAGAAGUUUGCUCAAUGGGGGGCGCUGUUCUGUGGGCUGAGCCUGUGUAAUCAGCACACACUGGUCUUGUAUGUUGUCAUCAUAAUUCCCUGGGCCCUCCUGCACCUCUACACUCAUAAUGGUUUGUCCUUUAUCGGUCUGGUGUCUUUGGGGAUGUGUUUCCUGGCUGGCUUUGUGCCCUACAUCUACCUGCCCAUUUCCUCCUACCUCAACAGAGCUCGCUGGAGCUGGGGAGACCAGACGUCUCUCCACGGCCUCCUCACACACCUGCUCCGAGCUGAAUAUGGCACCUUCAGCCUGGCAAAAACAGAUGAAAAUUUGAGCCUCCAAAAUAUGUUACGGGCUCAGUGGAAUCACUGUGUGAAUGAUCUGUCUUCCCCAGUUCUAGCGCUGACAGUUCUAGGCAUUUUGCUGUCUUCCCGGAGCAGAUUGCGCUGUGUUUUUGUCUGGUUGAUUGUCACCAUGGUGAGCAUCUACUCUGUGUUCUUUGCCUGGAGAGCAAACCUGAACAUUGAGAAGCCUCUUCUACUGGGAGUGGUGGAGCGCUUCUGGCUGCAGGCUGAUGCUGGGGUGUGUGUUCUGGCUGGUCUGGGUCUGAGCUGGGCUGUGUGUUGGCUGGACGGCCGUCUGAGUCGGGGAACGGUGUGGAACACAGGAGCCUGGAUACUCACGGCAGGCCUCAUCACACACAUGAUCCGCUUAAACCACAGAGAGUGUGAUCAGAGCGGUAAUGACGUCGUGGACAGGUUUGCUCGUGAGGUUGUGAUGUCAUUUCCGGAGGGCUCGUUGGUUCUGACUCGUGGUGAUCUCCCGGGAAACACGCUUCGCUACCUCCACUACUGCCAGGGUCUCCGGCCCGACCUCAGCCUUGUUGACCAGGAGAUGAUGACGUAUAGCUGGUAUGUGGCAAAACUCCAGAAGCACUUGCCCGGAGUCACGUUUCCUGGCCGCUGGUGGGAUCCGGUCAACGCCACAGAAAAGGAAACUUUCAGCAUUGAGGAGUUUCUCAAGCACAAUAUGCACAGGCCUGUGUUUGUGUGUAUCGGUCUAACUGAGGGUGACCCCAGCUGGGAGAGGAGUUUCUCUCGUUGGCCCUGGGGCGUCUGUGAGCAGUUGGUACCUGUCAAGACCCCUUUUGACCCUGAAAAAUGGGCCCAAAAAACACUUGACCUUUACAACUGGAGCCAGUCACAUGACAGCUUCCACCCUGGCUCCUGGGAGAGAGUUGCCAAUGAGGAGAUGUGGCAGGCCAGGAUGAAGACAGCCUUCUUCCUAUUUGACCUGGCUGAGAACAUGGAAAGAGAACAGCAGGCGCGUCUCUAUGAGCUAUCUUACUAUCUGUAUUGUCAAAUAGUGGAUGCCCAGGUAGACUACCCAGCGAAUUGGGAUAAGAACCUGGCUCUUGCCGCAGAACGUCUUCUCCAAUCAGGGGGCAGAGGUUACGGGCUGGAUUCCCUCCUAAGUCGCAGCAUCCGCCACUUCAGCCGUUACCUUCAGAGAGAACCCACCGAUCCCCAGAGCGAAGCCAUCCGCUCCAUCAUCACACACCUCAUGAAAGAGCGGGACAAAGUCAGAGACAGACGGAAGGGUUGACACAGGAAGAGACAGAAAUUGUCUGAAACACUGAAAA